CCUGACCCCUGCUACAUGGAGCUUCAUCGUGGCCAUUGCUACCAAAGCACCAGCUCUUUGUCAUCGUGUCGCAGUUCCAGUUGUCCAGAAGCAAGUCUUCUCUCUGGGGAGACAGAAUGUGACAGGUGGCCUUCUUCUGUUGAUAUGCAGCACAGUAUAAGUGGAGAAGGAGGUUGGAGUGAGGAGGACAUCUGCUCUUGUGCAAACAGUGGAGAAGAGUUAGAUAAUUGUCUUGGUGUUUGGGACAGGUGUGCCACAGAAGAGACACAGAGCAGCACACCUGGCCAUUCGUCACACAACAGCUCUGAGCAUCUUUCAUUGCUGUUUGGACACCAAUACAACUCUCCCUCUAGUUCUUCCAGCAUAGUGGACUGGAUGCCCCCCAGACUACAAAAUGAGGGCGAAAACUUGGAGUGUGACUGUUAUACAAACUGCCCAUACUCACGUAGUUCUGGUUACCACACCAUGGAUGCUUGUGCAAAUGAACUGGGUAGUGAGCCCUCCAGGAGUCUGAGUUGCUCCACUGUGCUAUUGACAGACUGCGAUGAUGGUUACCUGGAGCCACAUGCACUAUGCAAUGACUGUCCAUCUUCUGGUGACACUCUUGAUCUGGGCUCUGCUGACAGUUUGGACAGGGAGUGGACAGAUCAUAGUAUCUCCAGGGAUGAAACGGGAGAAUCUUUGUCACAAGAGUCUUCUGAAAUAGGUCCUGAUGGUGCAGCUGUGACCUCGAAUGUAGGUCUUGACAUGACAACUUUUAGCAAGGCUGUACUCACUUUCAGGUCAGCUUUGAAAGGGGCUUUGAAAAAGUUGGAAGGAUCCAACCCUGAAGGUGUUAAAGAUGAUAGUGAGUGUGAGGCAUGUCUAUCUCCUGUCAGACAAGCCUGUGAACCCAAGGAGGAGCAGGUCAGAACAGGGUAUACAGAAGGAGAGGUUAGCCUGACAGAGAAUCACACUCAUUUUGGCACUCCGAAGGAGGAGAGCGAGGCUUCGGUCUACAUGGAUUGUGGUGAGACACAUGAGAACAUGUCACGCUCCCUUCAGGCAUCCCCACGUGAAGCAAGCCAGUCUCCCUGCACCCCAACUGAGUAUCACUCUUUAGAGAUUUCACAGGACAAAGGAGAAUGUCCAACAGAUGGGGAACUGUCCAACCUUGACCUAACACCAGACCAUUGUCCAAGGCAGGCCGUGAGUCCACUGGGCCCCGUGCACUGUACAGAUGAGGUGCGGUUAGGUCCAAUUAGGGAAAACUACAUUCUUGAUGAGGUCAAUCAAGAAAGGUCUACCGAUGCCAGUCACAAAGAGCGGAUAGCUAAUUUCCAGCGCAUCCUGAGGGAAAAGAGGCAAACCCGUCAUAGACUAUCCAAAUCAUCUCUGGGGUCCCAUGGCUCUCAAGGGUCUCAUGGCUCUCAAGGGUCUCAUGGCUCUCAAGGAUCUCAUGGCUCUCAAGGAUCUCAGGGAUCCCAAUCUCAAGACGAGUUUAUCCCAGAGUGUGGGAGAGAAGAUAAUCAGGUUACUCAUUAACAUCGGCUCCAUAUUUCAGCUACAGUUGUUUUUUUUUCUGUUGAUUUUGAUGGUUGUGGUGUAAUUUUGUUUAUUUCUUUUGCCAUUAUUUGUCUUUGUCAAAGGGAAUGCUUGUGUGUACUUCAAAAACAUAAUGCACUAUAUUCAAAUGAUACAGGUUAGCAUAGGGUUAACAUGUAAUAAUAAUUGAAAACUUCGUCCUGCUAUUCUGGAAAAGCAUUUGUCCCAUCACUUCAGUUAUUCUGUAUAAUAAAUAGUUAAUCAUUGGUUUCACUCAUGUUGUAGCUUUAGAGUCUGAUUCCCCAGUGCUAGUGUUAAUUCAGCCGAUUCAUAUUUUCCCCAAAAGUUUUUCAGACGCCAUCUGAAACUUGUACUGUGUUUCAACUUGGGUCAUCUGAAAGACAGAUGUACAGACACAGAUGAAAGGCUUUCCCUUUGAGGAAACGGUAAAAAAAAAUGUGUAUACAUUUGUAGCAAGUCAUAAUUUUGGUGGUUUUGUGAAAUCCUUUAAUUCUACUUCUUAUAAAUUAUCUGGGGUGUCUCUUAACGCAGUCUCUGUGCAAACGGAUUUUACUUGCAUCUUGACUUGAGAAAUAGAACUUACUCUGUGGUUUUGUAUCGACAUAAUCUUUGUCCACCAUUGCAUUUCACAUAACAUCGUUUACAAUUAAAGAGUUCAGCGACAUGUUUUGAUCCUGUGUCUUAAAAGCACCAUCACUUAUUUUUUUUAUUUGACUUUGCAUGUUCUGUAACAUCAGAGAGGUGAAACUCAACCAAAUGUAACUUUCCAUUAUUCCAACUUUCCUCUUCUCAUGACAUGCUGCUAUGUGUG